AUGCACCUGCCCCUCCCCGGGAAGAUCGCUAACGCCGGCGGCAGCGAGACGAAACCGUCCAUCGGCUGUUCGACGGUACCUUCGCCCCUCCGUACCCACAACAACAACUCCUCUUACGCCGCGCAUCAGGAGCUUGCCCCACCGCAGCAGCCCGCGUGUCUGCCAACGGCCGCAAGUGGCCUGGAGACUCUACGAGAGCGCGCCGAGGCCGAGAACGGGCGCCCAGCGACGUUAACAACAUGGCGCGCGGGAUUAGUACCGGAUCCCGCGCACGUCAUCCACGAGAUAAGCGCGUACAGGUGGUUUGCCACCACAAGCCCCAUCUCCACCACCACGGGAAGAGGCGUCUAUGAGCCGGAAACGGGCUCUGUGACGGGACCAGAGCCAGGAAGUCAGCCUGUGUUGGAUUUUUACGCCGGCUCAAACUUGGGGCUCCGGUAG